GACGAUGCCGUCGGUAUGGCAGCAGACUCCGCUGAUACCUCCUUGCUAACGAGCGCCAUCGAGGAAGAUCCGACGGAGAGCCCGAAUGCGAAUCACUCGGGAUGUUCCGCGGUCCUCCACCUCCACCACCACCAUCAUCACCACCAUCCUCACGCCAAGGAUGUCCCGAAGAAGGGCCGGGGAGAUCAAAACGGCGCGCUAUGGCGCGACUUCGACGAGGUGAUCGAUUACGUCGAUUAUUCCGGACUGAUUCGGAGCUGGUUAUCAAGGAUAUGCCAUUGGUUCCCGAAGAUGUGCUCCUGCCUCGACGGCAGUUCAACGCUGCCGAGUAACCGAGUCGCGAGCUACGAGCGGCUUGGCUCCGAUCUCACGAUUUUCGAACUUAACAGUACUUUGCGAAGAAGUCGGAGAAGCGAUCAGGAUCUGAUCGACAGCGAAAGACAAGAAGAAUUGCGGUUUUACAACUACGAUCACUCUUUUACGACCGUGGUCGUGGAGAAGAAUCUGCGAACGAUCGACCUGUGUGAGUUGCUCAAAGUCAAGAGAAACACAAAAGGCCCAGCCUGGUCGAUAAUCGAGACGUGGCCGAAACUGGGAAUUGAGCGUACGUUAGAAGACCACGAAGAUAUUCUCGCUGUUCAUAGGGAAUUGGAAAUGUUCGCUUCCCAAUAUGAGAGGAGGUUUUAUUUCAAUCCAGACUUCGUGAAAUACGAAAUGUUUAUCAAGCCUAUGCAAUUCUUUCCCGCGGACAUGAUCACGUUUCCCAGCGGGGAGGACAGGGGCACACUCACCGAUACCGAGAGCGUGCUAAGGAAUUACCUGUUACGAGAGGACAGCGUGGGCCCGCACGUAUUCAGCAUGGUGUGGAUGCGAAAUGCGAGUUCGAGCGGUUGGAGGAAGAUGUACUUGCUGCUCCAAGGCCGGAAACUCUACACGACGAAGAAGGCAAUCACGACGCUACCAAAACGGCCUCUGGAGAACGAACACCUAAUCACAUUCGCGCACUUGUCGGACUACAACGUCUACAGGAUACCGAACGCCAAGCGAGUUUUUGGCGCACCCUUCGAGUGGGGCGUCUGCCUAAGGCCGAACAGCAACGCCGAGGCCGAAGACACGGAGGCUGGGGAGCCCGGGAUCAAGGUCAUUACUUUCGACAACGAAAAAUCGCGCACCUGCUGGCUCACAGCCAUGAGACUCGCUAAGUACGGCAAACAGCUCCGAGAGAAUUACCGAGCUUUCAAGAACAAGCAGUGCGAGCAGAACGGCGGCGGCAGUCCCAAAGAGCAAUACAACAGCUACAAUGUGUCCAAUGAAUCGAUACGAUCACGCGUGGCGAUGGAUUUUACCGGUAGCGUGGGCAGGAUAGUUGAGGAUCCCAAGGAAGCCAAGGAUAUAGCCGAGAACGAAGGCAUUGUCUGGCGACGGAGAUGGCGACCGUUUUCGCGAACACCACCGGGAUGCGCCAUGAUGAGGCUGCAUGGCCUCGAUGCCGGUAUACAUGUUACUCAGCCUUGGUUCCACGGCGGCCUCAAGAGGGAUGUCGCGGCAGCUAUUAUAAGGGAUCACGGCAGCGUCGACGGCGUGUUUCUGGUCAGAGAGAGCAAGAGCAAUCCUGGGGCCUUCGUGCUGACCUAUAAGUACAACGACAAGGUCUUUCACGCGCAAAUUCAGCCCAUCCUUGAUGAGCGUCGCAACUGCGUGCUGUACAGCCUCGACAAGGGAACGACCAGGUUUUACGAUCUACUGCAAUUGGUCGAGUUCUAUCAGCUGAACUCGGGCUCGUUGCCUACCCGGCUAACUCACUACGUGCAGAACGGAGUGAAACCACCGACGUACAAGCCAGAAGACGGCGGAGCGUCGCCGUCGCCGCCCGAGAGCAGCAGCCAGCGGAUCAACAGCAUCGACAAGGCCGUCGAGCCAAUCGGUAAUCUGAGCAGCAUUUGAGUAUAGGACAGUCGGCGACCCGCUGGUGUUGUCGACGGCGAUCGCCUGCUUACCGUUUGCCCCACCACUAACGGGCUCUUCGACCCCGCGAUCAUCACCGACAACAUUGUGAUGGUGCACCAUAGCAACAACAAUCGUCUGGGGAACAACAGCAACGGUGGCGGCAACGGCAAUCGUGAUGACGUCCGCGCGACACGAUCGGGUUGCUGGAACCUGUGUUUUUGCAGUUACAACAAGUGGGAUUUGUAGCGCGAUCAACAACGACAGCAGGAUGAUGUUCAAACGAACGCGAAGAUGUAUGGGGCUGUUUUGUUAGUGAGAGAGAAAAGGAAAGAGAAAAAGAAGUAGGAUGAGAGCGAAAAAAGAGAAGCGGUACGGCUUGAGCAUCAUCCUCGUUGAGUCAUCCUCGGAUCGUAGCUCGUUUUAAUAACGCAGCAUGUGUGUAUGUGUGUAUGAGUGUGUAUGUGUGUGUCUGACGCACGACCAGGUCGGCUGACCCAUGCAACAGAACGACCAAUUUUUGGACACGCAAUAACGGAGAAAAGAAUAUACGACCGUCGCGGGAAGGAACCGCAAGAUCGCUGUCGUACGAGAAAUUCUUCAUUUAUUUCGAUUUUUCAAUGUUUUCGUUCUGUUGUUCCGUUCACGCGAGUAAUGUACAGAGUAGCACGGCGCCGACGUUCGCCGACAGCGAUCCUCACGUGAAAACGAAAUCUUUUUGAUGUUUUUCGUUGUACUGUGUUAGUCGUCGUGUAAGAAUCCACCUUAUUGUCUAGACCUUCUCGAAUAUUUUCUUCCCCUUUUUAUCCCGUCUCACCUAAAACUCUCAGUGGUCAAACAAACGCGUCUAGACGAUCAAAGAGACAUUAAGAACGUAUUUGUUUCUUCUUUUUUUUGUUUCUUUUCUUUUUAUUUUCUACAUGUUCACGUUCGUACAAGCAUGGCGCGAUACUAGAUUACUAGCCGCGCACGGCGACAUUGCCGUUCGUGAAGUUAUUCUAUGAGAAGAAAGAAAAAGCGCAAUUGCGCGCGCGUGUUUGCAUGGUGAUGCGUGUUGUAUCUUCGUAUGUCUGAGUGAGAGAAAGAAGGAGAGAGAGAGACAUAAUGAAUGGACAUAGAAACGUAGCACGAUAUAGUUAUACAACUGUAUCAUGGUGAUGAGUCAGCAAUACAAGACGAUUAUAAAAUUGGUUUUUCAGCUUGAGUGUGUGCGUGGCUGCGGUGUGUGUAUAUAAAUGAAAAAAUAGGCAAUUGUCGCGUGGUCUCCCCCUUCUCCCUUAUCUUUUUUACUUCCUCGUUUUCCUUUCCGGCGCAUGUCGCACAUACCGAACAUCUCUUCUGUUUAGUCGUUUCUCUGAAGAUAAUGCGCGACAGAAUCAACCGCGCGAUUAGUUAUUAUACACAACUUUGUCGUCAGAUGACGACAACGACAACGGGUUCAAAUGACGAGAGAGAAUCGACCAAAUCGAGGGAGAGGAGAGAGAGAGUGCAUGAAGCGUCCGCGUGUUCCGUUCAUUAGCUGUAAGACUGUCACUUGGAAACGAUAAUAUCGAGAUUCACGAUUAUUCUCGAGUCCAAAGUGUUCAAAAUUGAGCGAGACGGCUUUGUCGUUGGGACAGGAGCAAUGGAAAUGAUUUCUCGUAGACGGUAUCUCGCAUCUUUGCAAAAUUUUUAUCGCGGCUCGGAACUUUCGCCGCGGGACUAAAAGUCCAUUACAUGAAUGAAUCUAAGACAUACAAUACAAUUAGUAUAAGGAUCCUCGGCGCACACUUACGUCGGGGGCCGAGGAACACGCUCGCGGAUUCUCGUGGUAUUGUAACGCGCGCCGAAAAAUGUGAAAGCGUGUCCCUUGGCAAAUAUGAUCUCAUAUUUUACAGAUGUUUCAAUUACGUGAGACAUUUGUUGGUUAAUACGAUUCGGAGAUGAGGUUCAAUUAUAAUUAUUGUAAAACUGUGCUAGGAACGUGUAACAUUGAAGCAAGAGCACGAAAGAGAAUGAGUGAGAAAGAUUUGAGAAGGAGAAAUGUAUGUUGUACUUGUGCGAGAAAAGAGGCGAACAAGGGAGAAGUUGCGAGAACGAAGUUGGUCAUGUGGUAAAACAAACAGAAAGAGGUAUAUUUAAAUACAAAACAGAUAUAUAUACAUAAUAUGUAUAUGCAUGUUCUAAAUUAUACAAUUUAAUUUUAUAUUCGGGAUAUACAUUAUAUGCUAUCGAUCGGAAAAGAAUCGAUAGUGCGAAGUUCGUGGGUGCAGCAUCACCGGGUGCGAACGUUGUCGUGCAUUUUAGAUUUAUAAUAUGGAAGUUUUUAACAUGUAAUGUUUUUCGAGUAAUGAUGCGAAAGUCGUAUAAGAGAAAGGAAGGCAGAUUGGUGAAAUGUUGGUGGAGUGUGCAGGGUACGGACGCGAAAGAAAAUUUAUUUACGCAAUGUAUUAUGAUUCAUCGAAAGAACAAUACCAAAUCCCUGCCCCCUAUUUGUACCUACUCUUUUUAAUGAUAUAUUUUUUCAUUGAUUAUAUAUUUAUUUAAUGUCGAAUGUAGCGCCUACGCGUCAUGUCUUGAAGUGGUAACUUUUUUAAUUCGAAGAAGUGCAGAUCUUAUACAAAUAUAUGACACAACAAAUAACACGAAAAUACAUACACACACACACACACACACACACAUACACAAAACACGAAAUACGGACACAAAUUGCAUUAAAUUUUAGAAUAGUAGCGCUUUAUAGAAUUAGGAUAACAAAUUCUUCGUGAAUGGGUAUGAAAAAAACAAUCUUCUGUAGAAAGGGUGGUCUGCAAACGCGGCGUUCAUCCCCGAUCCGUUUGUGUAGUUUCUCCACAUCUCACGAAAUUUAAAUUAAAAUCGAAGCCAACGAAAUUACCUCUCGGAAUACGCUUAUCGCGCGAAAGAAAAAAAAUGAAAUUGUCCUUUCGGCCUUUCGUGUAAAUAUGUCUAUUUAGGCCAAAAUCUCGCGUCUCCCGCCCGAGUUUCCCUGUCCUUAUUAUUCCGUCUACCCGUGGUCCGUCGGCUGUUUGAAAAUCAACUUUGAUAGCGGUUAAUCAAUCUUGAUUCUUCAGGUCGACUCCGCGGUAUCCUCGCUUCUUUCUCUUUUACCUUGUAAUUCGAAUAAAGCCAAACGGAAAACGAGACAGACGCCGGGUUCUUCGUGGCCACCAGCGUAAAAGAAGCUAUAAAUAUUAUUAUUAUUAAUUAACUAUAUAAAUUAUAAUAAAAUAUAUUUUGUAUUAAUGUAGUCACACGAAUUAAUACGGCAAACGCAGUGGUCUGUGAAGACUGAAUCUAAGUAAGAGAAACGCAAAUUAGUCCUGUGCGAAUUUCAUCGACGUCUGUUAAGAACAAUAAAAUGAUCAGGUAACGGAACGUUUACAAUUGUGUUUUUAUUUCUAUCCCCGGACUAAAGAGUGUGUUUCGUUGGUGCGUUAUUUUAUUAUUUCGGCGCUUUGUUUUACUUUGUUGUUAAGUAUCGUUGACGUAAUUUAAUAAUUUGAUUUCACUUGUCUAUCUUUGAGAGAUUGUUUCGCCUUUCUUCUUCAUGAAAGCUAUGGCCACAACUUGUUGCAAGAAACCGAUGCUCGUGCUUGCGUAUGCAAUCGAAUUACCCGCAGACGUUGAUGAAACUCACAUUGUUACUCCGGCAAGCGAUAUAUUCCGACGCAGAGCUCAAACUCGUCGGAUCGUUCCUCAAACUGAAAACUCAAUCGCACGAGUUCGAUUGUACACAAGCGACAUACAGACGAAAAUUUGAGUUUAUAGCGAACGAGCGACACAAAGGUCCAAAGGCACGUGUAGUCGCCGUUCGUAAGGUUAAACAGUAAAACAUACAAGUUCCGGCCAGGCUUUUUGCUGUUGCACCCUCGUGCAAUCUGCAACACGCAAAGGCAGCUUAAUUCUUAGAAUAUAUGUGUGUAAUAUGAUUAUAUCAUCGAUUAUCUAUCUGUCCACGAUGAAUGUGGAGAAUGAGAGACAUUAACUGUUCGUCUUCUUUCCGUUGCAAGAGACAUUACGUUUAACUAAUUAUUUAAUUUGUGAUUCGGAAGAUAACUGUUUUUAAAUAUAUUUUUAUUAUUAUUAAAAUUGCCGAUUUUAAUUUCGAGUUAAAUAAUCAAGUUGUCAACAUUCCUAGAUUAAAAUUCGUGAUACGAGCGAUUCAAAGAGUUUUCUAUUUUGGACUUUAACUUCGCGAAACGAGCUCUAGUUACUUGGAUAUAGAAACUAUCUGGUUCGUAUUGACAGCGUUAGUAGAACUAUUCCGCGAUAAAAACAAAUUUGUUAAUGGUUGGGGAACGGUACGCGAAAAACCUUUCCGAUCACGACAUGUUGAAUGUGCAAUCAUGCGCUCCCCGUUCACUAAUUACGGGUUGCAAUAGUAAUAGUAAUAAUGAUUAAUCGCGAUCUGGCGUCCGCUCGAUUCGCGGUGAACGCAUGUCGCGAAUGAAUGCGCUUUAAAGCGAGCAAGAGAGAGAGAGAGAAUGUGUUCGUGAGAUGAUUGCUCUGGUUGGAAAUUUGCGCGAAAGUGCCCUUGCUGCCCAUAAUUACUGAAAAAUAAUCCAAUAAUUAUUCGCGACGUAUGAGCCAACGGGCAUAACAAAUUAAAGAUGAUGCAUUUAUAUUUGUCUUUUCGUCAAUUAUUUUUUUUUAAUGCGAAAUUUCAUAUCAGAGAAUAAUUGGAUAUUUAAAAAAAUAUAACAGUUACAGAGAUAUUAAAAUACAAAAACGUAAAGAUAGUUUGAUGUUAUGUUCUGUAAAAUUUAUGAUUUACUGUUAGCGAGUUGUAUCACCGUUCUACCCAACGGCUCGUGCUAAAUAACCAAAGGGACUAACGUUCCAUCAAUCGACAAUCGCCAAGUGUAUCCUCAACAACGGCAGGAAUCAUCGGUAACUUUCGGUACCUGCGGUCAGCGAGUAUGCACUCGUGGGCUGAAAACGGGGUCAAACCAUGGCGCAUUCCCAUGGUGCAUCCCCCAUCGGAAUGUUUCAGCCGGAAUGAAGCCUCGCACGAGGUAGAGACGGAUUGAACGAAGAAGAGGGUGUGUCGUGUGCGUGGUUUGCGUGCGUUAGAUACGGCGCGUCGGAUGUGCCCGACGGGGUUCGCCAAGUUUCACACAAACAGAACGACGUCGAUCGAUAUCAACGCGGAUAUAACGCCAAAGCGGUAAAUGGGCAAAACAAAAAACUCAUUGUGUUUUCAGUGGUGAGAGCAGGAGAGACAAGACGACCGGGAGCAGCGGGGAAUACUUUAUAUACAGGGUGUUCGCGACAAUUACUGUGUUAGAAAUCACAAACGAUCAAAAGCAAAAACGCACAAAUUACCGAACCAAAGUUCUCCCGAGGUCUCCGACUAUUGUAAAGAUUUUCAUCCCCCGUGAUCAGGGCGCGAUCGAAGGUUUCCAUAAAAGGAUCCGCGCUUGCCCCUGUUUAUCUCGAAUCAUCCUCCGGUCAUUCGUAAUCGUUCCCGUGAAUUGCGGUUGUCUACAUCGCGAAUACGUCCCUGGUUGAAAAAAAAAACAAAA